GGGAGGGAGGCUUCCGGUUCCGGCCGGGCCUGUGCGAAUUGCAGCCUGGCGGUGGCCCCUUACAGAGAGGCCUCUUCUUCAUCGGAGAGGGACCAGGGUCGGCCCCCGGGGGGUUUGGGAAGGUCCUCCAGGGGGCUUCGGGGGCUUCCCCCUCACACCCAUCUCGCCAGGCAAGGACCAGCCCUGACCGGGGCGCGGAGGAGGCUGGGGCAGCGCCAACCACCGGCAGUGCCCCCUCCCGGGCGGAGAUGGAAGCCAAUGCAGCAAGCGACGAGGGUGUGCAUUUCCAGAGCUACCCCUUCGACUUCUUGGAGUUCCUGAACCACCAACGCUUUGAACCUAUGGAGGCCUACAACCACGAGCACGCCAAAGCAGUCGCCGCCCUACCCUGUCCACAGCCACAGUACGAGUACACCCAGCAGCCAACAGCUGCUCCACCUGCCCACUUUGACCGUGUCCCCACAGCCCUUGGCACAUCAAAGCCCAAAGUUGAGGCCUCUUCUUCCUCUACAUCUGUUUCCUCAGCUAACAUCCAAGUCAAGAAGGUUGAACCAGGGGGCCCUGCACCCGCACCUCCUCCUCCACAGCAGCAACAGCAGCAGCAGCAACAACAACAACCUUACAGCACUCCAGCAGUGGUACCUGCAACCAGUCAGCCUCUCUUUGAUAGCACAGCUGCUGCUGCUGCUGCCGCAGCUGCUUACAACACUCCUCAGUGGGGCAUUGUGGAUCUCUCCGGCCAUCAGCACCUCUUCAGCAGCCUAAAACGUGGCCAGGCUCCACCCCCAGCCACUUCUGCCGGUGUGGUAGGUGCCGACAGCCAGGCAGGCAAAGACGACAAAAACUACUUCCGGCGUUUGAAAUACUUCAUUGACCGGCGCUUCCCUUGUGGGGUGUGCCAGAAAUCUUUCAAGCAAUCAUCUCAUCUAGUGCAACACAUGUUGGUCCAUACAGGUGAGAGGCCCUAUGAGUGCACCACCUGUGGGCGCACCUACAAUCACAUUUCCAGUCUCAUCCGACACCGCCGCUGUCAUAAGGACACAGAGGAUGCAACGGCGGCUGCCAAUGCAGCAGCUGCUAAUGCAGCUGCAGCAGUGGCAGCAGCAGCUGUUGCUGCUGCCAACACAGCUACUGCUCCAGGUGCUGAAGGAGCUGCCCAGCCUCCUGCCCAAAGUGGCAACCCUCAAGUGGUACCUGCGCCAGCUGGGGGGACAGCAACAUCUGCUCUCAGUGUUGCCAUAGCUCAGGCUGAAGGCCCCUUCACUUGUUCUCUUUGCUGGAAGGUGUUCAAAAAGCCAAGCCACCUGCACCAACAUCAGAUUAUCCACACAGGUGAAAAGCCAUUCUCAUGCUCUGUCUGCCAGAAGAGCUUCAACCGCCGGGAGAGCUUGAAGCGUCAUGUGAGGACCCACUCAGACUUGUUGCGAGUGCAGUGUGGCGUCUGCGGCAAGGAAUUCCGAGAUGCUUCGUACCUGCUUAAGCACCAAGCAACCCAUGCACCUCCUGGCACCUUACCACCACGUCCUGAAUACAAGUGUGACAUCUGUGGCAAGGGCUACGUGGCACCCCAGAACCUACUGCGCCAUCGGCAGCUACAACACGAGGGAGCCCAACUGCCCAAGGAUGGCACAGGUGCCCUGUCCUAUCUGCCUCCGGGGGCCUACCUCCUUCCGCAAGACCCACAGGCCACCAGUUCUGAUGGUGAUACCAAGCCAGCAUCAUAUGGGCUUUUGGGUGCUCAUCCAUUGCUGGUGGGAACAGCAGCUGGUAAGAAUUUCUGUUGUGGAAUCUGUGGCCGUGGUUUUGGGCGCCGGGAGACACUCAAGCGACAUGAACGAAUCCACACGGGUGAAAAGCCUCACCAGUGUGCCGUAUGUGGGAAGCGUUUCCGUGAAUCUUUCCACCUCAGCAAACACCAUGUAGUGCACACACGGGAGAGACCCUACAAGUGUGAGAUAUGCGGGAAAGUUUUUGGUUACCCACAAAGCUUAACCCGUCACAAACAAAUCCACCGGCUGCAACUGCCUUGUUCUUUGCCACCAAUGGGGCCCUCCUUGACGCCCAUGGGGCCUUCAUUACCUCCGCCUCCAGAGGGACUAACUUACGGCUGCUCGGACUGUGGAGAACGCUUUCCUGACCUCUUUCAUGUCAUGAGCCACAAGGAGGUCCAUGUGGCUGAGAAGCCGUACCCAUGUGAUGUCUGUGGCAAGUGUUUUGGCUUCAUUGAGAACCUCAUGUGGCACAAGCUGGUCCACCAGGCUGCUCCUGAGCGGCUCUUGCCACCAGAUGAAACAGCAGCAGCAGUCGCCCCUCUGGAGAAUGGAAUGGCUAGUGGCGACAACUUGACAUCUUUUGAGGAUCACCACCCCACCUUGCCAAGUGGCGAGCGUUUUUCAUGCUCAAUUUGUGGCCAAACUUUCAAGCAUUUCCUGGGGCUUGUGACCCAUAAGUAUGUGCACCUGGUGCGCCGCACAUUGGCCUGUUCAGUCUGUGGGCAGAGUUUUGCAGGUGCCUAUGACUUACUGCUGCAUCGUCGUACCCACCUGCAGAAACGCCAUUUCUCUUGCCCAGUCUGUGGCAAACGUUUCUGGGAGGCUGCCCUUCUCAUGCGCCACCAGCGCUGCCACACAGAGGAGCGCCCUUACCGCUGUGCUGUCUGUGGGCGUGGCUUUCUACGCUCAUGGUACCUACGUCAACAUAAAGUGGUGCACACUGGCGAGCGGGCCUACAAGUGUGCCCUCUGCAACAAGCGGUUUGCCCAGUCAUCCAGCCUGGCUGAACAUCAGCGCCUUCAUGUUGUUGCUCGACCCCAGCGUUGCCCUACUUGUGGUAAGACCUUUCGCUACCGCAGCAACCUUCUAGAGCACCAGCGAGUGCACUUGGGUGAGAAGGUCUACCGCUGUGACCGUUGCUCCAAGAGUUUCUUCUACCUGUCAUCUAUCUUGCGCCACCAGCGCUCCCACGAUGCAAAGCGCGAGUUACGAUGUGGAGCCUGCCUCAAGCUCUUCAAAGACCCCAAGUAUUUCAGCAAACACCUCCAGGCCCACCAGGGUGGGCGGCCAUUCAAGUGCAGCACCUGUGGAGAAGCUUUCUCCAACACCUAUGGCCUCAAGAAGCACCGCCACAUUCACAAGAUGGAGCGCUUUGCUGCUAUGGGGGCUCACAAGGAACAACAAGCAUAGGGCUGGGGCGAUGACAGGAGAGAUGGAUGGUCCUUACUCUGGUACUUUAGGGUGGAAGAUGAGGCUAAUUCUUGGCUGUUGUGAACCUUGACAACUGGAGAUUUCCAGAUAUAAUAGACAAGAUAGCCAAGCUUGUUGGAAGCGAGAUGCUACAUUUGAGGAGACUCAUACAAUCACAAAGGCACAGGUGUGACAAGCCAGGUAGAACCAGGGAUUAAAUGCAGGAGGGUCUUCAGUAGCAAGAGUUAGCUGCCUGGUAACAACAAGUUGAUAUUAUCCUGUCAUCCCCUGGAUUCCCCAGUCUAAAUGUGCAGGAAGAGAUGGUUGACAAGGCUUGGAUGCAGUGUUGGGAAUGGACGUUUUUGGCUUUCUUUACAAGCAGUGAGAACCAAUUUACAGAAUGUUUUUGAUGUAAUCGCAGCAUUUCUGUUGGACGAUACUGAAAUAGAACAGAAACCACUCUGGAUUCCCACUUGCAGGAAGAGAUGGUGUUUCCUGUACUCCUUUUUCCCCUGAAUGGAAUAUUAAGAGCUAAUUCACACACUGAAGACAGGACAGGAAAGAACAUGGAAUGUUUCUUCAAGAAUGCUCGCCCCACUUUUGUGAGGACCUAGUCAGCUGCUCUAUGCCAUAUGAGCCUUGCUUCUUUUCAGGGGGGAAUAUAUUAAUUUGUGUGCUUUCUUCACAUUUAUAAAAACAGUAGAUUAGUUGUCAUCUUUAAAACCCUUGGGAACUAGUGGGAUGUGGCUGCUAACUGAUUACAGUUUAACAUAUGGCCUAAAUAGCAAAGUAGAGAAGUCUUCAUGAAUUAUGAUCUGACAUAUGGUGCCAUAUGGCAUAGAUGCCUCUGCACCAUCAAAUCUCUACCUAAUGUUCUGUCUCCAAAGACAAUACAGGUUCACAUUGCAGUUGGGAAUCAAAAAAUUGAAUGUUUCUUCAGAGGAAAAAAGAUAAGAAAACUCUCCCUGCUCAUAGAGAGGAAGCAACUCUGGAAGUCUGGUUCCAGCCUUGCUUUCUUGCUGACAUACCACUUUCCCACAUAGAGGAGUAUUGAAUAUGGGGAGAGCUUUCUGAGGUGCCAUUCUCCCAUACACAUUCUAAAGUGGUACACUCCAAGGAGGAUUGUAGCUUGUGCUGUUAGUAACUAAAUGAAUUGGCCCUAAGGUGGUAGGCAGGAAGUACAAAAGUAUAUUGCCUGCUCUCUGUCUUGGGUUGAUGCACGGUGGGUGUGUUGUUGUUUUUUGCCCCAGAAUGCUACUAUUCUUGCAUAACCCAGGACAUCAUGACACCUCACGUAAAUAAGGCCCCUUCUGUAUACACAUAUCUUCUCUUGAGCUAGGAGUGGAGUGGUUUUGGGAAGGAUUUCCAUUUGCUUGUCUUGUUGCUUUGUCUCCUUCAUUUUUUGUGAAGCUGAGAAAGACAACAGAAAACCCAACUAGUGAUUUUGCAGGCCAGGCCUGUGUGUUGCAUUGGGUACCCAGCACACCUAGCAAGUAUUCUUUCAUUUGAGCCCUGAGGUCAUUCCCCUUCUUUGCAAGACAUGUGAUACUCUUUCACUACAUUAAGUGGUGAUUGACUGAUGCUAGAAUACCCUAUGGUAGCAUUCUCAUCUGCAGCCUUAUGUUGAGGCCCUCUACCACAACCUCUGCAAGUGGAAAGGAAGUGAAUGGAUAAUGUAUGGGCACAAGAUCCUUGUAGACCUUCUAGCUUCCCUAUGUGCAUCUCCCCUCCCUACCCCUUCAUUACGUUGCAUAGAAUACUAUGCAAAUCUCAAGAGGCAGGAGAGGAAGGUGGCAACCAAAGAGUUCUGAAGGUAUUCCCUCUUCUGGACACCAUGCAGCUGACUCUCUGCCUCACAUGCAUGGCGAUUGAAGUUAACCUUCUGAAGAAAGUUAUGUCGGAGAUGUUGCUUUUCCAUUUUGGCAAAGGCAGAGCAUGCUGAUUUCUUCCAGGUGGCAGUACCAAAGGUGUCUCCCUGCUGUUCCUGAUCUAGCAUACCCAGGUCCCCCCAUCCUGCCUUGGUGAGAGCCAGCCAAGGAUAUGAGGAGCCUAAGAUGCAUUUUGAUUCCAGUGUGUUUGCCUAUCCACUCCAGUGCCUCGAAAAGGAGAGAAAGGAAGGGGGAUGUUGCCAAAACUGCAGGAUGGUUUGUGGGAGAGACAAUUGUGAUAGAAAUGGACUCCAAUAGAUCAGGGUAUUCCUUAAAAGAAACCUUACAGAAUUUGGUUAGAAAAUAUACUGACUAAAUAUGUAAUGAACCGAGUGAAGAACAGAAAAGAAAUGGGAAGGGGGCUAUAUAUGAAGCCUUCUGGCCUUCAUUUAAUCACAGUUGUUCUGUUGGGUCAACUCUAGGACAACUCAAUAUGCUCACGUUGAGUCAGGCCCAAUUAGACUAAUGUCUCUGACUGAAAUACUACUGACUAUUUCUUGCUUCCAAAAGUGGUUGAUACUGGAUAUUCCUUUUCUUGUUUUAUCUUGAUACAAAAGUUUAAAAUUCUGAACCUGUAGCUGAAAUUCAGUGGAUUCUUCCUGUAGUGGUGGCUGUACCUCUGCCUGCCUUAUAUGGAAGCUGGAGAUUUUUCCGGAUAGAAUAUUCCCUUCCUGACUUUGUAAUUUGCCAGUAGAGCUGAAUUUGAUAGUAGAUUCCUUUGCCCUUUAUGAAUACAUCACAUUUUGUUUAUACAACUUGCUUUGUAGUGUCAGCUGCUUCUACAUUUAGUUGAGCAUCACUUCCACAAAAAACCCUACUGAAAAGUGGGAGCCUCAGAACUAGUAAUCUGUUCCUACACAAAAGAAUAGUAAUUGUUUAUGCUAUCCACCUUUUUACCUUGAGGAGAAAAUGUGAUCACAACAACUAACCCAAUAUAUGGUGUGUCUGUUGAAUUGCUUAACUGUAGCUUCCCAAAUGGACAAUGAAACACAAGAGAGUGGAGAAAAAAAGUUUCUUCUUUCUCAGGUGGCCUAAGAAAAAACAUUAAAUUCCAAAACAACAGAAUGCCUGCCUUUGGUACAGACAGGAGGGAUUGCAAAGGAUGCUUUUAAAGAACAAAUUCCUGGAGUUUGGGAGAUUCAUUUUGUGAUUGGUUAUAACUCUGAAACAACUGUUUCAACUGCAAAACUGACACUCAGACAGGCCUUCUUUCUCAGUUCAGAAUGGUGACCUGUUUCCAAUAGAUGAGAAAUAUGGUGUGAUUCUCCUCCUGUGUUUUUUUUUAAAUUUCUCAGACCUCAAUUAAGAUGAAUUAUUUAACUAUCACCUUGAACUUAGCUUUCUUUACUCCAAACUAAGAUGUUUAGAAAGUGGCAAAACAGGAGGUCCCUCUCAUUCAUAAAUACUCCUCAGUAAAUACUUGCAGAUUAAGAGUUGUGAAUAAAAAAUGGCUACCUUUUCUAGUAAAAUAUUUAAUGGAAGAGAACAGACAUAGUGUUUACUAGGCAUGGGCUUAUCUGAUCAUUAGUACUUGUUGAAUAACAGCUUCUUAUGUGAAGUUUGUACCCACUCCUUAUUAGGAGCAGUUUAGUUUAUCAAAGUACACUUUUUCUGUCCUCUGUUAUGGUUGGGCUUUGCUAGCUGGUGUGAUGUGAAAUUACCAUGCACCCAACAAAACAUAACAUGGUCAUGUGGAAGAUACUGGAAAAGAAGCAAAUUAGGACAUCCAUUCCCAUUUAUCUGAGGGAAUCUAAUGGAUUUGAGAAAAAGAGGUAAAGGGAGGAAGCAUUAUUUGACUUGAGCUCUAUGGGAAGGAUAUGUAGAAGAUAAGUGGGUUGAAGUGAUGGUCUGGUUUUUAAUGCUGGUUGGUUAGUUCUUUGGAAGACCCAGUUGGUUUGGAAAUUGCAACCAGGAGCUAACAACCAUCCUUCACAUUAAACUACCCUGCCUUCUGUACUUUUGGAUAGUUUUUCACCCCUGAAGUGUGCAUGACUGAAACGCUGGAUGUCCCAUAGAUCCUCAUCAAUUCCAAAUGCCUUGUGUGCUGUGCAAUGGGACUUCAUGCAGGCUGGGAACGUUAUAUUUUCUUAGCAUCAAAACUUUUUAAGAUGGCUCAAGAUGCACAACCAUAUUUGAGGAUUUCUUCAGCCCUCCAGUUCUUUGGAAAAUAUGGAUUCUCUGGUUCUAACUGCAAGUGAUGUUUGCCUUGAUUCUCUUAACCCCAAACUGGGAGAUCGGCAUUUUGAGAGAGGACUCAGACCAGUGACCAUUGUAUAACCUCUGAAGGAAGAGUCAUGCCACUAAUAGGACCCAACCCAUUGCGAUCAUGUUAGCAGAUGACUUUUUAUAUUAAUAUAGAUAUAUACAUACAUUUAUAUAUAAAUACUUCUUUUCUAACUACCCUUUCCUCCCAUUGGCCACAGAGUGCAGGAAGUGCAGUUCUUUUGUGCCAAGAUUCAAGUCCCUACAAUAAUGUGUACUAAACUAUGUAUAGGACCCUGUCAUUGUCCAUGCAGUUACUGGGCCUGGACCGAUAACCUGUCCCCCUCCUACUUCGUUGUACCCCUCGGGAAUUGUACAGCGUGUGUUUUUCUCAAUUGGGUGGGGGAAUGGGAGUGUGUUUGUGUUUUAAACCAAGCAAUUGUUUUAAAAGUGUUUGAUUUAUGAUGUACAGACUAAACAAACAUUAAAAAGAAUUGGAGAA